AUGACCUCUGACCUCCUGGCUGCUGCUGCUGCUGCUACUGAUGUGAACAACCCGAUCCGGACCUUCAUGAUCCAGAUCGCCGUCCUGGCCAACCACCAGAACGGCAGAGACACUCACAUGCGGCAGAUCAAAGUCUACACGCCGGUGGAGGAGAGCUCCAUCGGCAAGUUCCCACGAUGCACCACGGUCGACUUCAUGAUGUACCGCACCAUCAGGAACAUCAGCAGCAUCACUCUGUAUGGGAGCACCUGCAAACUGAGGCUCCCUCUGAAAUCGCUUGAGGAGGACUUCAAGGUAUUGCGAUCAAGGCAAUACUGGGAAUCUUCACAUCCGAAGGUUGCCGAAGCAAAGGUGGCGGUGAGAACAGGAAGAAAGUGGAGAGCAGAGACUGCAGUGGAGGGAACCGAGGCGCGGUCCCACCAGCACUUUAUGGUGCUGGUGGGAGCUGUCGCCAGGGGAAGAGCUGGGCCUGGGAGCCUGGAAAUCCCCAGGUUUGACAAAGUACAAGGAAGAGAGAGACGACAGUUGAUCCAAGAGGAGAUCGGAGCGGUGGUGGAAGAUGAGGGGAUGGUGAGAGCUGUAGCAAUGAGGCAACAAGGUGCUUGGACCAAGUGGGAGCAGGUGGUGGAGCGCAAGAUCACAUGGAAUGAACUUUGGAAGUAUCCACACAGCAUCAAGUUCCUCAUCCAAGCACUUUAUGACAUCCUUCCAAGUCCUUCCAAUCUGCACCGUUGGGGCCACAUAGGACAACCGGCCUGCUUCCUCUGUGGGAAAACUGGCUCUCUGGAGCAAAUAUUGAGCUGCUGCCCAAGAGCCCUCGCCGACGGUUGUUAUCGAUGGCGGCAUGACCAAGCCCUCCGGUCAGUUGCUGAGACAAUCAGCAGCACCAUCAACAGCUGCCGGAAGAUAAGGCCAGUCUGGAACACCAUCCACUUUGUCAAAGUAGGGCCUCACCGGCAGCAGCCAGUGGGGCUGCUCUUCACUGCACAGGACUGGAGGAUGGAAGCAGACCUGCGCAAGCAACUGCAGUUUCCACCCCAUAUCACAAAGACAAUGUUGCAGCCAGACACUGUCCUGUCGUCAGACUCAUCGAAGCAGGUCCUCAUGCUUGAACUCACUGUUCUGUGGGAGGAGCGGAUGGAGGAGGCGAAUGAUCGGAAGAGGGAAAAGUAUGAGGAGCUGAAGUCCAGCUGCCAAAGCAGAGGUUGGAGAGCCAAGUGUUGGUCUGUGGAGGUCGGGGGCCGAGGCUUUGCAGGGCAGUCACUCUGCAGAACAUACACAGCACUCGGCAUAACGGGUGAGAGAAGGAGGAGAGCCACUGCCGCCACCACAGGCGCAGCUGAAAGAGCGUCUAGAUGGCUCCGGCUCAAGAGGGCAGAUCCGUGUUUUGCGCUAGGGCACAGGCCGGGGUCUGAUCAGCCCUGGUUGGGUCGCCUGGGCGAGGGUGUCCGAUGUGCGAAAGACCUGAAACACCCUGUGACCCAAGGUAACAUCACUGAUGAUGUGCCCUAG